AUGACUGGAGCGCACAAGGGCUUUGUGGUCUUGCUGCAGAAGUCACUGGAUAGACAGCUGCUCACUUUUCACUGCAUCCUGCACCAAGAGGCAUUGUGCGCGCAAACUUUUCCUCCAGAAUGCACAGAGGUCAUGAUUCUUGUCAUUCAGAUUGUCAAUAAAAUAAUGGCAAAAGGUUUAAAUCACCGCCAGUUCCGUUCGCUACUGGAUGAGGUGGACAGCACAUACUCUGAUCUCAUGCUGCACAACCGAGUCCGGUGGCUGUCCAGGGGAGAGGUGCUGAAACGUUUUGCUGCAUGUCUGGGAGAGGUGAAGACUUUCAUGAGCAGCAAAGGGCUCACCUUUCCUGAGCUGGAACAGCCAGAGUGGCUGGAAAAGCAGCACUUCAUGGUGGACAUGACAGCGAACCUGAACAUGCUGAACACAACCCUUCAGGGGAGAGGAGGCACAGCGCUACACAUGCUGGAGGAGGUGUUAGCGUUUGAGCGCAAACUGACAGUUUUAGCCAGAGAUUUACAGGGAGGUGUUAGGAUUUAG